AUGGAUGGUGAUACUAAUGUAGCCCUUGUCUUGAAGAAGAAAGGGAUAAAGAUUAAAGCAACGAAGCCUAAAUGGCCACUCAAAGGGGGGGAUUCAAAGAAGGAUGCUUUGGAAGUAGAAAUCUUGCAGAUGAACCCCCUGAUAGUCAAAGGAUUUGAGUCUCAAAAUGUUACUGGCAAAGAUGAACCCCCUGCGGAUGAAACCCUAGCGCGACUUAGAGCGCGCCCUGCGGAGGGAACCCUAGCUGCGGAAACCCUAGCUGCGGAAGAGCCACGCCAAAUUGAAUCUACUUCUGGAUUAUCCACAAUCGAAAAAGGAGCAAUACUAGUGGAUUUUCAGUCCACUCCAGUAAGGGAAGAAGCAGUGCCGGACCUCCCAAAGUCAAAUGCGAUGGCGCCGGUGCAGUCGGAAAAUCGAUUUUCUGUUCUCCAAGAACAGAUAGUCGCUGAUAUCGAUGAUGAUGUGGAAAAUAUUCUUAUUGAGGAUAUUAAUCAAGAAAAACAAAAUGUUGGAACGGAAAAUAUUGAGUCGGUGAUUGUAACUGAAUCUCAUGUGGAUAUUUCUAGUUCUAUGUUAGCAUUAGAAAAUGCGGAACCUAUCCCCCGCACCAAAGUUUGGUCCGAUCCAUUUUCCUGA